AUCAUUCGUUGAAACUUCCUUCAGAAAACAAGGAAGACCGUUCAUCCAUUGGGGCGGGAGCUUGUGUGAGUCACUCAACUUCCUCUAUAGUAACGCAUGGAAGAGUUAAGCGCGAGCAUUCUCUCAUUCGGUGCUUUGAGGGAGAGCUGAGCACUUCUGCACACCCCUGAGGAGCAACAGGACUACAGAGCUAUUAAACAGGCCUGCUAAACUGACCCCAGCACACUCGACACGGACAGAGACAGAAAGAGUUUUGACCGGCCCAGCUGCUGAGACUGGCCUCUGUUCUCUGGCAUCCUGUAGACAUCGCAUAGGCAGCCGGGACUGACUCGGAUCAGAGCAACAUGAGUGAACGCUUUGACUGUGACAACUGCAAGGAGUCCUUAUAUGGCAGGAAGUACAUCCAGGCGGAGGACAACCCUUACUGCAUCCCUUGCUACGACAGCCUGUUCGCCAACACCUGCGAUGAGUGCAAAGAGCUGAUUGGCCAUGAUUCAAGAGAGCUAUUUUAUGAGGACCGUCACUACCACGAGCACUGCUUCCGCUGUUUCCGCUGUGACCGUUCGCUGGCAGACGAGCCCUUCACCAGCCAGGAUGAUGCUCUUCUGUGCAAUGACUGCUACUGCAACGAGUUCUCCUCCAAAUGUGUGGCCUGCGAUAAAACCGUCAUGCCUGGAACCAGGAAGCUUGAGUAUGCCGGCUCCACAUGGCAUGAGGGCUGUUUCAUUUGCAACAGCUGUCAACAGCCAAUAGGCUCCAAGUCCUUUAUUCCAGAUAAAGAUGACCACUAUUGUGUACCCUGCUAUGAGAACAAGUUUGCACCGCGCUGUACUCGAUGUAAACAGGCCUUGGCUAAAGGUGGUGUGACCUAUAGGGAUGAGCCGUGGCAUAAGGAGUGCUUUGUGUGCACAAGCUGUAAAGUCCAACUGGCUGGCCAACACUUCACCUCCCGCGAUGACAGCCCAUACUGCCUCAAAUGUUUUGGGAAUCUGUACGCCAAGAAGUGUGAAGCCUGUAAAAAACCUAUUACAGGUUUUGGUGGAGGAAAGUACAUUUCGUUCGAGGACCGGCAAUGGCACCAGCCGUGCUUCACCUGUUCUCGUUGUUCCGUGUCGCUGGUGGGCGCAGGCUUCUUCCCCGAGCAAGAUGACAUUCUCUGUCGCAACUGCAACAGCAACUUAGAAUAGAAUGCAAACCCUAUCCACACACCUUACCUUCUCAUAUGCACGCAUACAUAUACAUGCACACGUCUAUUUUACACUGCUGUGCCCUCAAAUGAGAACUUCACAUCUCAAGUUAGCCCAUGCAGAUACUGCUGUUUGAGAUCACAGCAAACCAGCAAUCUGCCCCCACACACAAUAGUCUGAGCUUCACCAAAAUACUCAAAGAAUAGGCUUGCUGGUUUACGACUGGAUAAACAAGACUUUUAAAAGAUGCACCAAAGAUUGCUGUUGAGUUGUGAAAGCCACGCGAUGCUGAGUUCCAACUACAGUCUAUCCAUUGCACAAUCCAGAAUCAACACUCCAUAAACUUGUAGGUCUCUAUGCACAGAUAAAAAUAUCUGAUCUGCCUACUAUUUAUUCCCAUCUUUAUUUUCCAGAACUGUCAUUAGGCUGGUAAUGGUCAUUAAUGGGUGGAUGUAGUCUGUGUUUGCAGCCUGUGGAAAAACUCAAACAGAUUCCUUCAUAAACGGUCAAAGGUUUGGUGUUCUGUUAAAGUGACUGAACACCCAUUUAGAACUGUUCCAAACACUCUGUGCCAUGCAAAGUGUAGGCUACAUGAAUGAAAGCACAACUGAUUUUGAGUUUUGGGUACAGUAAAGUUACACUUUGAGAAGCAGCCACCAAAAGCUAAACAUCUAAGCAUUUACACACCAUAUAUGUCACAUAAAUAUGUGUGACUGCUGUAGUUAGUGAGCACUUUUUCCCAAAACUUCACUAAAACCUUUUGUCUUUCUUAGCAAAACUUCAGCAUUCAUCAUUUUAUGAAUUGCAUAUGCAUUCAAUUCAGUGGGAGUCUUCCAAAAUGCAUAGCAAUGU